GACAAAUUGCUUGAGGGGCAGCUUCAUCAGUCAGAAAAGCGACCCUGAAUGGCCAAGCAGGCGUAAUGUUUCUGGCGGGACUGAGAUUCGGCCCUUGUGGUUUUAGAAAGAGAAGGAAGAGACUGGUGUACGGAAGGAGGAAGAGCAAGCGGGGGAGUGAAGGAGUGAGAAAAAGAUGAAGACAUUGUGAUUGUGCUCUGAGCCAGGGAAGAACAACCUCGGGGGUAGGAAGUGGGGAAGCAGGGAGUUUGCCACUGGGAAUUGGUUCUUUUUCUCCAACCGUGAAUUACUGUCCUGAUGGCGAUGAGAACAUCUGCUAUGCCUUUGUCAGGUACUGGCGUCGAGCGCUGGGCAUGCAAGUUAGAUAUGUCAACUAUGAUGACUACCAGUUUUGCUACUCCUACCGAGGGAGACCUGGCCACCGACCUUCUAUACUCAUGUUGCAUGGCUUCUCAGCCCAUAAAGAUAUGUGGCUGUCUGUUGUUAAGUUCCUUCCAAAGAACCUGCACUUGAUUUGUGUUGACUUGCCAGGUCAUGAGGGAACCACUCGAUCAUCCCUUGACGACUACUCAAUCUAUGGGCAAGUGAAAAGGAUACAUCAGUUUGUUGAGUGUGUCAAUCUGAACAGAAAGCCCUUUCACCUGGUUGGAACCUCCAUGGGUGGCAAUGUUGCAGGCGUUUAUGCUGCUCAGUACCCAGCGGACAUCUGCAGCCUAACUCUUGUGUGUCCCGCAGGGCUGCCACAUGCCACAGAAAGUAAAUUCGUCAAGCAGCUGCAGGAGCUGAAGGUGUCUGGGGUCAGCGAUCGGAUCCCUUUAAUUCCAACCACUCCUGAGGAGAUGGGAGACAUGUUGAAGCUCUGCUCUUAUGUUCGCUUUAAAGUGCCCCAGCAGAUCCUGCAGGGCCUUGUUGAUGUCCGCAUCCCACAUAAUGACUUUUAUCGAAAACUAUUUUUAGAGAUUGCAGGUGAAAAGUCAAGAAACUCCCUCUAUGACAACAUGAGCAAGAUCAAAGCAGCCACACAGGUCGUCUGGGGGAAGCAAGACCAGGUCCUGGAUGUUUCUGGAGCUGACAUUCUAGCAAAGUCGAUUCCUAACUGUCAAGUACACAUUCUGGAAAACUGUGGACACAGUGUUGUGGUCGAGCGGCCUAGAAAAACAGCAAAGCUCCUCCUUGAGUUUUUGGCUACAGUUCAGAAUGGGGAGAACAAUAAGAAACUGGCUUGAACAUUCUCUGUCAAGUUGAACCUUUAAGCUAGAUGUUUCAGUUGUGAUGAAAUACUGCUACUAUAAUAACUCCUCAGGAAUCUUACUAUACAGAACUUGGUGGCCGUGCCAAAAUCCCUGAAGAAACCAGAAUAAUUGAUACAUUUAACUUGUAGGCCUAUCAGUGCAACGACUUGCAGAGUCCUGAACUAUCCACAGAUGUGUUGUUGAUAAAAGUUCGAUAAAAUCUGCAUUAUUAUCCAAUACUUUGGGAGAAAUAAAAAGACCUGUUUGAUAGA